UUUUCUCGUUUACUUAUAAAGUUAAUUAUUGUUGGUGAAAACAUCUAAAGAUGAUUAUAGAAGCCCAAUUGAUAUAUUAUUAUUUAAUUCCUCAUUUACAAUAACCAAACCAAACAUAGGAAAAUGAAGUAGUUAAAACUUUUCGACUUCCUCUGUUUUUUUUUUUCUUGAAUGGCCAACUUUAAGUUUCUCUUAUACGCACAGCUUCUCCAACAAAGCUUCUUUGCUUAAACAAAAACCAAGAGCUUACUCAGAGAACCUUAUUACCUGUUUCUUCCAAAAGACAACUUCUUUGCUUCGGAUUCGAGCUUCCCAGAGUAUUCUUGCGAACUGCUACUAAGUAUACAACAACAAAAGGCAGAGCAUGAAGCUGAUAGUGUAACUGGUAGAUGCUCAUGACCUUAUUAUUAUGCCCAGCUACCAACAACAACCUUCUUCACUUCCUUUUCUAGAAAUCCAUUUUGAGAAUCAGAUAAUCACAACCACAACAACACCAAACCAGUUUUUUUUUUUUUUUACCAUACCAAAUUAGAAAGUAACUCCUAUAUAUUUAUAUAACAAACUCAUUAUUGAAGAGUCUGUUCACGACGAGAGAAGAUCACCAAAUAAUAGUCCUACCGCAAAUGUCCUUGCUCCAACAAUUUUUCCAUUGAGUAUUCUUGCUUUAUUUUGGGAAAAUAGGAACACUGAGCGCGGAUUCAACUUACUACAAUGUCAAUUGAGAGACGGCAACGAGGUGUGCCAUUGACAAUGCACCACCAAAGUAGUAAUAUUCCCCAGGUUGCGCCUGAUCAUCAUCAUCAGCAGUCUCAUAGUCAUCCUAUUCCUCCUGCAAAUGUCAAUGAUGAUUUCAGCCUCAAGGACACUAACCCAGACUUGGGUGAACGAUGGCCGAGCGUUAGUGGUGUUGGUGGUCGCGCUGGUCAUGGAGGAAUGGGAUGGAUGAAUAGUGAGAGAUACUCAAGCACUUAUGAUCUUGUUGAGCAGAUGUUCUAUCUCUAUGUUCGAGUGGUUAAGGCCAAAGAUCUUCCUCCGAGUGGCAUCACUGCGAGUUGUGAUCCUUAUGUGGAAGUGAAGCUUGGAAACUACAAAGGAAGGACCAAGCAUUUCGAGAAGAAGCUUAAUCCAGAAUGGAACCAGGUCUUUGCCUUCUCGAAAGAGCGAAUUCAAUCUUCAACUCUUGAAGUUUUUGUCAAAGACAAAGAGAUGAUCGGGAGAGACGAUUACCUAGGAAGAGUCGUUUUCGACUUGAAUGAGAUCCCAACUAGAGUUCCACCAGACAGUCCUCUGGCUCCGCAGUGGUACAGGCUCGACCAUCGCCGUGGUGAAGGUAAAGUAAGAGGUGAAAUCAUGGUGGCCGUUUGGAUGGGUACUCAAGCUGAUGAGGCAUUUUCCGAUGCUUGGCAUUCUGACGGCGCUUCAGCUCAUGGAGAUGGAGUCUUCAACAUUAGAUCAAAAGUUUAUGUCUCUCCAAAACUUUGGUACCUUAGAGUUAAUGUGAUCGAAGCUCAAGACGUUAUGCCAAACGAUCGAAGUCGAUUACCUGAAGUUUUCGUCAAAGCGCAGGUGGGAAGCCAAGUUCUUAGAACCAAUACUUGCCCAACUCGAACUGCUAACCCCCUUUGGAAUGAAGAUUUAAUGUUUGUGGCAGCUGAGCCUUUUGAGGAUCAGUUAGUUAUUACUGUCGAGGAUCGAGUUCACCCUUCAAAAGAUGACUUGUUGGGGAGGAUAACCUUACCUCUUGACAUGUUCGACCGACGUCUUGACCACAGGUCAGUUCAUUCUCGCUGGUUCAAUCUUGAGAACUAUGGCUUUGGUGUUUUGGAGCCCGACAGAACGAGGAGAGAGCUCAAAUUUUCAAGUAGAAUCCAUUUAAGAGUUUGUCUUGAAGGGGGGUACCAUGUGCUCGAUGAAUCAACUAUGUAUAUAAGUGACCAAAGGCCUACGGCGAGGCAACUUUGGAAACAACCGAUUGGAAUUCUUGAAGUUGGGAUCUUAGGUGCUCAAGGACUUCUUCCCAUGAAGAUGAAGGAUAGUAGAGGGAGUACAGAUGCUUAUUGUGUAGCUAAGUAUGGCCAUAAAUGGGUUCGAACAAGAACAAUUAUUGACACUUUCAAUCCCAAAUGGAAUGAGCAGUAUACGUGGGAGGUUUAUGAUCCUUGUACAGUUAUAACUCUAGGAGUCUUUGACAACUGCCAUCUUGGUGGAAGUGAGAAGUUGAAUGGUGGUGGCACUGGAGCUCGCGAUUCUCGAAUUGGAAAGGUUCGGAUUCGACUUUCUACACUUGAAGCUCAUCGAAUUUACACACAUUCAUACCCACUUUUAGUUCUUCACCCCCACGGGGUGAAGAAGAUGGGAGAGCUCCAACUAGCGGUACGUUUUACGACACUAUCUUUGGCGAACAUGAUCUAUGUGUAUGGACAUCCUUUACUACCUAAAAUGCAUUACUUGCAUCCUUUAACUGUUAACCAAGUGGAUAACUUGAGAUACCAAGCAAUGAACAUUGUGGCAGUGAGAUUAGGACGAGCUGAGCCACCGCUAAGAAAAGAGGUGGUGGAGUACAUGUUAGAUGUGGAUUCGCAUGUUUGGAGCAUGCGGAGAAGCAAGGCCAACUUCUUUCGUAUCAUGGCUCUUAUCUCAGGUGUGAUAUCGAUGAGCUGGUGGCUUGGAGAUGUUUGCACGUGGAAGAAUCCAAUCACAACAGUGCUUGUCCAUAUCCUUUUCCUCAUACUAAUUUGCUACCCUGAGCUAAUACUUCCUACCAUGUUCCUUUACAUGUUUUUGAUUGGGCUUUGGAACUAUAGGCUUAGGCCAAGGCACCCUCCUAACAUGGACACAAAGUUAUCGUGGGCCGAGGCAGUCCACCCAGAUGAGCUUGAUGAAGAGUUUGACACAUUUCCAUCAUCAAAAUCGAACGAUGCCGUUCGAAUGAGGUAUGAUAGGUUGAGGAGUGUUGCAGGGAGGAUUCAGACUGUGGUUGGGGACAUAGCAACGCAAGGGGAGAGAGUUCAGUCUUUGCUUAGUUGGAGAGAUCCUCGAGCAACUAGCCUUUUCGUAGUUUUCUGCCUUUGUGUUGCAUUAGUUCUCUAUGCGACCCCCUUUAGGGUUGUGGCUUUGGUUGCAGGGCUCUACUACUUGCGUCAUCCUAGGUUUCGGAGCAAGCUACCUUCAGUGCCUAUCAACUUCUUCAGGAGAUUGCCGGCACGGACUGAUAGUUUGCUCUGAUAUAACAUAAAAAGCUAAUAUUAUAUAAUUAUAAUUAAUAUUUAAAUUUUCUAAUUUUUUCUAAAAGGGUUUAUUUUCCUAAACAUCAUAUUGUUAUAACAAAGUUUCCAUUUUAAUACAAUAAUACUAAUUUGCAACA